CGGCGCACACAAGUUAUAGAGAAAGACGAGACCGGGGGAGGACGGGAGCGGAGCGUGAUGUCAGAAUGAGCCCGCACCGCAGCGGCGCAGCCAUGGACGGCGCGGACAGAUAAACACAGGGAGCUACGGGCCUUUUCUCCAACAUCUGUCGAAUGCUUGGAUGCCAGCUGAGGGGGGAAGAAAGGGAAACGAGAGGAGGCGGUGAAACAUGAGUCGGCAGCAGGAGUCCCAGGGAGUGGUUCUAACGGGUUACCACAGCAACACGGAACCGCUGCCGAACACGGGAGCGCGCGCCCCCAGCUGCGCUCCGAGCCCGGACCCGCAGUCCACGGUGACCAGCCGCAGAACGGGCCACUACACCGUUCAACAGAACCAGAGCGCCCACGCUGCAGACAGAUGUGGACCCGUCAGCAGCACCAUGCACCCUGAGCCCCCAAGGUCGCCCCCAAGGUCGCCGGGUCAGCACCCCGCCGGCCCGAAGCCCAACACCAGCCCCAGACACAGUCCCCAAAGCAGGGCCAGAGCCCGGGCCGCGUGUCAGCGCUGCAACUCUCAGGACUCUCUGGAUGAGCUGCAGAUGGACGACUUCUGGAAGGAGGUGGAGAACAUCGCCCGCUCAGGAGGAGGAGCAGGAGGAGGUGGAGGAGGGAGGGGAGAAGGUGCGAGAGAGGGGGAGGUUCAGGAGGAGGAACAGCAGAAAGCUCCUGAAGAAGGAGAGCAGGAGGAGGCCUGGCUCACGGAGGCGGGGCUCGCGCGACUGUUUGAUGACUCACUGGCAGCUGACCAGGACCAGGAGGAGGACAGCGCCGCCUUCCUGUCCACGCUCACCAGGACGCAGGCGGCGGCCGUGGAGCGCCGCGUGACGUCACUGCAGCAGACGCUGCGGCGGCGCAACCGGCAGCACGCUCCCGACGUCCGGGACAUAUUCAGGCCCCCGAAAGAGAAUGACGAGCCCGGCGGAGGAGGAAGUGAGAACGGGCAAAAAGAUGCCUCGUCAGCGGAAGCGGAGACGGAGCUGGACGUGGAGGUGGCCUUCUCGGAGCAGGCCCUGUCGUACAGGGACCAUCGGAAGCCGAGCGCCGGCCUCAGCUCCCCGGACGACAAACUGCCGAACUUUAAGCUUCUCCGGGAUAAAACAGGUCAGACCAGAAUCGGAGAUCUGUCUCCUCUGGAUAUGAAAAAGGUUCGCAGACUGGUGCUGGUGGAGAUGACGGCCCUGUUUGACACGGCUGGAGUGGACCUGAAGGCCCACAAAGCCGUCAAAGUCAAGGCGAAAGAAACGGGCCUGUUUGCUGUUCCCCUUGCUGCUCUAUUGGAUCAGGACCAGAGACGGGCACCAGGGACCAAAGUGCCAUUCAUACUCCAAAGGCUCAUGAAUCACAUAGAGGAGGACGGAUUAGACACAGAGGGGCUGCUGCGCAUCCCUGGAGCGGCAACCAGAGUCAAGUCUCUGUGCCAGGAGCUCGAGUCCUCGUUCUACGAAGGCACGUUUCCGUGGCAACAGUUGAAGCAGCACGACGCAGCUAGCCUUUUGAAGCUGUUCAUCAGGGAGUUACCUCAUCCGCUGCUGACUGUGGAGUACCUCAAUGCGUUCCUGGCUGUCAAUAAGCUUCCCACAAAGAAGCAGCAGCUGCAAGCGUUGAACCUGCUGGUGCUUUUAUUGCCUGAGGCCAAUCAGGACACGUUGAAGGCGUUAGUGGAGUUUUUCCAGCGCGUGAUUGACCAUCAGGCAAAGAAUAAAAUGAGCCUCAACAAUGUCUCCGUCGUCAUGGCGCCCAACAUCUUCAUGUUCAAAGGUUUCCGCUCCAAGAUCACAGAACAGCAGGAGUUCUCCAUGGCAACCGGCACUGCCAACAUCGUCCGGCUGCUCAUAAGAUACCAGAAUCUUCUAUGGACAAUCCCCAAAUUCAUUGUGAACCAGGUCAGACAACAAAACAUGGAGAGUCAGAAGAAACAAAAUAAAGAGAGAGCUGUAAGAAAGCUGCUGAAGAAGAUCACAGACAAACCUUCAGAUAAAGCUGUCCUCGAGCAGGAGAAUUCUCAGGGCUUCAUUCGAGUCCAGGCGCCUCAGUUCAGCAAAAUUUCAAUGGCAGUACAACUAACGGAACAUUUGCAAGCUGCUGAUGUAUUAACACGCUUCCUCAGCCAAGACAGUUCAGUGGCGGUGAAAGGAGAAGAGCUGUGUCUCUAUGAGAUUGGUGGAAACAUCAAGGAGAGAUGCUUAGAUGGGGAAACCUUCAUGAAGGACCUGUUCCAGCUGAACCCUGCAGCCGAGUGGGUCAUCAAACCCGUGCAGCGAUAGACUCCUCGUCGCCAUCAUGGUUCGUCAGGAUGCUGCUCCGUGGCCUCAGAGGUCCCCUGACCUGGUUCUACACUGUGGACAAACAAAAAACACUCGCCUUUUUUUUCUACAACAACGUUUUAAGAUGGAUUUAGAUUCGCUCUAAACCAAAAAUUGCUUUUUUGUCUUAUGAUAUUUACUGGACGUGCUGCCCUCAGGAAUGACUUGACUGAAGCACAAUAGAUCAUAGGUGAAAUCAAGUCACCUGUUUGAAAAGACCACAGACAGAGCUUUGUUGAACGCUGGUUGGUAAAAUAUUUCCUGUAAUAUAUUAUAUAUUUUAUUUUAAUUAGGUCCACACUAUUACAAAUCUUAAUGGUGAGGAAUAUUGUAUGUCCUGCACUAGUUCUCAAAAUCUAGAGUCCUAAUUGUUUUAUUACGCAAAUCCAGUGUGUUUAUCCAAUUUAGAAUCUGCUGAUGUAGUGAUGGUUGGAAACAAAGCUGGACCCCUGUGGAGUAUCAGAGUCGUAUACUGUGAUUUAUAACCACUAAUCCUUUUGUUGUGCCUGCAGAUUCAAAAAUGGGGCCUAUUUUAAACCACAACGUCCAUUUUCCCAUGGACAUUUGUUUAAACAUAUCACACAGCACAAACUGGUCAAAAAGUCCCCAAUUUGGGUUUUUAUGACAACCAGAUGUCUGAACAAGUACACACAAUGAUGGCGUCAUUGGUUCUAUGUGACAUUAGGGUUGUAAACAUUUAAACGUAGACGUCUGAGUGUUUUUGUGAUCAAAAAUCAACCGUUCAAUAUGAACACAUUCACUUGCACAUACGGGACAUUGUGUGUGUCUGUGAGUGUGAGGAAGUGUGUGUACAGGAUGUGUGUGCACGCUCACAAUAAGUCAGUUGCCUGAUAGCUUUUGUACCUGAGACUUAAGUGCCCUCUACUGUUCAAAAUCUAUUAUAAACACAUUUGUCUAAUUUGGCUUUUUGGCCCUGUUCUAUUUACUGAUGUUUCUGUAGAAUGUUAAGGUUAUUGUUAGUAACAGAAGGAAAGGAUCUCAUCAGCCGCGUGCAACACUUGACUUUCAACAAAAGUCUAAUCUCAUGCUGUGGUUUCUGUGAAGGAUCACAUCUGUGCCUCAAAAUCAGAAGAUGCAGAUGUUUGUCUUAUGGGAAGCUGAAGCAUUAAUAAAUAAUGUUUUGUUGGAUGAACAAAAAUGAA